AUGAGAUUUAAAAGCUAUUUUAUCUUCCUAGUUAUGGUGUGUUCAAGGAAACUCUUUGCAGAAGAUACACCUUGUGAUUUGCCACUGAUAGAAAAUGGAAACCUUGCCCAGUACUAUUACAGCUUCAGAAGUUACUAUUUCCCUAUGCAUAAAGGAAAAAAGCUCUCCUAUUCUUGUAUGGUUGGUUACACAACUGAAAGUGGGACUCAAGAUGGAAGAAUAACUUGCACAGCAAAAGGAUGGUCUCCAGCGCCACGAUGCUACAGAAAAUGCACCAAGCCUGUCUUAGAAAAUGGCUCUUUUUACAGUACAGAAAUGGACUUCAAAAUCCAUGAGAAAUUGCAAUAUCAAUGUAAUCCAGGCUACCACACCCCAAGUGGUGCUACUGAAGAUACAGUGCAGUGUCAGCCACAAGGAUGGUCCUCCCAGCCAAGCUGUACUAAAACACUUGAGUCGUGCCAGGUGCCCCGGCUGGAGCACGGCAGCUACGCGGGCGCGGCGCGGGAGGUGCGGCUGAACGGGACGCUGCGGCUCCGCACGGCCGGCGGCAGCGCCUCCGAGAGCGCGCCGUGCCUGCGGCUCGGCUGGGCCCGCCCGCCCGGCUGCACCCGGGUGACCUGCUCCGCUUUGAGCGAAGUAGCUCACGGAGGUUUCUAUCCUGUGAAGAAAGCCUAUGAAGAAGGAGAUGUAGUUCACUUUUUCUGUGACAAACAUUAUUCUGUCACUGGAUUUGACUUAAUUCAAUGCUAUAAUUUUGGGUGGUAUCCAGACCCUCCAGUGUGUGAAGAUGUAAAAAAUAAAUGUCCUCCACCACCACUCCCUCAUGGCCAUACCAGCACAGCCAGAAGAACUUAUCAUAAUGGAGACAAAGUUCGUGUACAGUGUACCUUGGCAAGGAGAGGAUCUGAGGAAAUCCAGUGUGAAGGAGGAAAAUGGACAUCCCCCUCUAACUGUAUUGGAGCUGUGGAUAAGCAGGAAUCUGGGACAGCACCACCACCACUCGAGGCAGAUGCAGAAAUAAGGGCAAGCCAGACACAUCCCAAUGAAGAUAUGAUAGAAAUGCAGCAAGACUGUGCUUCUCCACCUGUGGUUAAAAAUGGGGCUGUCCUGGGCCCAUUGCUGGAGAGUUACAAAAAUGGUUCCUGGGUAGAAUAUGGUUGUCAGCAUUACCACUUUCUGGAUGGGCCCAGUACAGUUUAUUGUCACCAUGGAAACUGGACAGAACAACCAACCUGCUUAGAACCAUGUAUGCUGAGUGUAACUGAUAUGGACAGCAACAACUUAACAUUGAAAUGGAGACGGGAAGAAUUAGUGUUCCUCCAUGGAGAUCUCAUAGAGUUUGAAUGUAAACAGGGAUAUAGUUUUCUCCAGACUGCCAUUCCAUCUCCUGGGAGGACACAGUGUGAUCAAGGCAGACUGAAUUAUCCAAAAUGUGUUCUUCAAGCUGCUACAGAAAAAUGUGGCUCUCCACCCUCUAUUGCAAAUGGAUCUCUUACUCUCCCAGCUCUGCCCCAGUAUGACAGUGGUUCUUCAGUUCAGUAUAUUUGCUCUGAGUAUCAUUUUUUGCAAGGCUCUGAGACAAUCUACUGCUCUGAAGGACAAUGGACCUCGCCACCAGUUUGUAUAGAGCCAUGUACUUUGUCAAAAACUGAAAUGGAGAAAAAUAAUGUGCUGCUGCAAGCAUUCUAUGCAGACCAAGUUUACUUUUACCAUGGGGAUUAUGUUGGAUUUUACUGUAAACAGAACCAUUUUGGAGCAGAAUCUGGCACAACUUUAUUUCAAGUACAGUGUGAGAGAGGACAGCUGGCAUAUCCAAGGUGUGUUGAAAGAGGAAAGCAAGAAUGGACUUGA